AUGGUUUCCAAUGACUCAAAUCCUAUAAAACCAAUAAUACAUUGCGACCGGGUGAUGAAACUCAUUGAAAUUGGUGUGAUUCCGAGACCCAAGUCCAAAUGGUCAAAUUCGAGGACGUUAAGACGACGACGAGACCGUAAAAUGGAUGACCGCCGCGGUGUGCAUGCGCUCAGAGUUUCCUACUCGGACUGCACCGCGGCCCUCGCGUGCCCGUUGACGUCAUCGCCGACGCCUCCGUCGCAGCAGCAGCAGCCGCAACCGUCGAACGGCACGCCGCGUAGCCGUGACCUCGGUCCGAUAUUGGUGGGGUCCGGGGGAGGGGGGUGGAGCGGCUAG